AUGGCGGCGGCGGCGGCGGCGCACAGCGUGCGCGUGCUGCGCGAGCUGAACCGGCAGCGCGCGGCCGGGCAGUUCUGCGACGCGACGCUGGGCGUGGGCGGCCGCGAGUUCCGCGCCCACUGGCCCGUGCUGGCCAGCUGCUCGCGCUUCUUCCGCGCCCGCGGCGGCGGCGGGCGCGUGGCGCUGCCCGAGGGCCUCGCCGACACCUUCCAGCUCCUCCUCGACUUCUUCUACACCGGGCGCCUGGCGCUGACGGCGCACAACCGCGCCCGCCUCCUGGCCGCCGCCGAGCAGCUCGGCGUGCCCGACGCCGUGGCGCUCUGCCGCGCCUUCCGGCCCGCCGCCGGCGCCCGCCCGGCCCCGGCCCCGGCCCCGGGGCGCGACGGCGACGGCGGCCGCGCUCCCGAGAAAAAGCCCCCACGGAGCAAAAGGAAGCCGAAGCCGGGGGAAAGGCCCGGCAGUUCGGGGCCGGCAGGGAGGCCGGAACUGCCGGAGGCCGCGACGCCGGGGAGCAGAAAAGGUACAGCUGUGCCGGUUGAGUGCCCCACCUGUCAUAAAACGUUCCUCAGCAAAUAUUACCUAAAAGUGCACAACAGGAAACACACUGGAGAAAAGCCAUUUGAAUGUUCCAAAUGUGGUAAAUGUUAUUUUAGAAAAGAGAAUCUACUGGAACACGAAGCUAGAAAUUGCAUGAACCGAUCUGAGCAGGUUUUCACGUGCUCUGUCUGCCAGGAGGUAUUUAAGAGGCGAAUGGAACUGCGGUUGCACAUGGUGUCGCACACGGGGGAAAUGCCGUAUAAGUGCUCCUCCUGUGCACAGCAGUUCAUGCAGAAGAAGGACCUGCAGAGUCAUAUGAUAAAGUUACAUGGGGCACCAAAACCACACGCGUGCUCCACCUGCUCCAAGUGCUUUCUGUCUCGGACAGAGCUGCGCCUGCACGAGGCGUUCAAGCAUCGGGGGGAGAAGCUGUUUGUCUGCGAAGAGUGUGGGCACAGAGCCUCAAGUCGCAACGGCUUGCAGAUGCACAUCAAGGCGAAGCACAGAAACGAGCGGCCCUAUGUUUGUGAGUUCUGCCAUCACGCCUUCACCCAGAAAGCCAACCUCAACAUGCACCUGCGCACGCACACCGGCGAGAAGCCAUUCCAGUGCCACCUCUGCGGCAAGACUUUCCGGACGCAAGCAAGCCUGGACAAGCACAACCGGACCCACACCGGGGAGCGCCCCUUCAGCUGCGAGUUCUGCGAGCAGAGGUUCACGGAGAAAGGGCCCCUCCUGAGGCACAUCGCGAGCAGACAUCAAGAAGGGAGACCCCACUUCUGCCAGAUCUGUGGGAAAACGUUCAAAGCUGUUGAACAGCUGCGUGUCCACGUCCGCAGACACAAGGGAGUGAGGAAGUUUGAAUGCACUGAAUGUGGCUACAAGUUUACGCGACAGGCUCACUUGCGGCGCCACAUGGAGAUUCACGACCGGGUCGAGAACUACAAUCCGCGGCAGCGGAAGCUGCGAAACCUGAUCAUCGAGGACGAGAAGGCCGUGGUGGUGGCGCUGCAGCCGCCCCAGGAGCUGGAGGUGGGCUCGGCCGAGGUCAUCGUGGAGUCCCUGUCCCACAGCUCCCUGGCCGAGGAGAUCCCUGUGCAGAGACUCUGUUCAAACGAGAACUUCUCUACAGCAGAUGUUAUCGAACAAUCGCUUAUAAUAACAACAACAAUUCCUGAAGACUGUGAAACAUAACGUGACUCUUUGUACACGCCCUUCCUACCAAAACAUAAUAAAGCGUUAGGCUAGAA